AUUUGUUAUAUAUUGUUUCAUCUAAAAUUUACAAGGGAUUUUUAAAAUGAAUAAAACGUAUUUUUCAUUUACUUUCAAAAAAUUGUGCGUUCUUUUUCUCCUGUUUGUUUGUUUCGUUUCGCCUGUUUAUUCGGCAAAGAAAUGCACACGGACUUUGAAAAGGAUACCCGUACAUAAAGGAUUUGAUUUGAACAAAUUUGCUGGGACAUGGUUUACGGUGACAAGAACCACAUUUGCGUGGGGAGAUUAUACCUUUGAAUCGUUUUCUCUUGAGAUAGAAAAAGCUGAAGAUGGAUCUUUCGGCUUCUCAUAUACCGGUCAAAUCGGUGAUAAAUGCCUUCCAGUGGAGUCCGGAAAACUGGUAAAGAACGGUCGCCCCGGACAAUAUACACUCCGUACAAACCGCCAAACGAGUGAUAACUCGAUUUUAAUCAUAUCAUUUACUGAUUAUAAAAACCUAGCACUAGUAUAUUAUUGCUUCAAAUUUCGACCGGGAUCACGUGCUCAAUGCCAGAAAAACGGCAUGCAAAUAGAGAUUAUCUCGAAACAACUGAAUCCAAACAAGAAGGAUGUCAAUGGAUACAUCAAGAGGUCUGGCAAACGGCUCUGUGUCCAAGCAAGCAUUCUAGAGGCAACACAGCCCGGUUUAUGCAAAGUUCCCGAGAUUUUAGCGGCAGCAAAACAGAGAGCAAAGGAUCUAAAGGAAGCCGAUCCUAUUACAACCACAAAUGAUCAGUGUGCCGUGAACAACAUCCCACUACAGAAACAUUUCAACAGCUCUCAGUUGGCAGGAUUAUGGUACGAGAUUGCACGCACGAGAUUUACGUUCAACAAGAUGGAGUCAGUGGUGAACUUUCAUAGAUAUGACGAAUCCACCAAUCAAAUAUACAGUUAUUAUACCGGCACUAUUGUUAAUCCUGAAUACGAAAAUGGUACCCCUUACUGCAUGACGGCUAUACAAGGCAUGUCUAGGACAGUUGAAGACUCCGACUCAGACAGGCUUGGCAAGAUUGGUUGGGAUGACGACUCGUUUCAGUGGUCUCCGACCAAGGUUAUAUAUGCAGAUGACGACUAUAUAUUAUUUUACGCAUGCUAUUCCGGAGAAACGGACGAACCUUGCAAUCAGUACGCCAUGGAAGUCACGUUAUCCGGAAGGUCACGUGAUAUCAGUGAUGAAAAAAGAAAUGCUAUUUAUAGCAUCCUUGAAAAUUGUAUAAAACCCGGUGACAUGGUUGAAACAAAGUUUCUUGCUAACUGUUCCGAAUGGGUAACGAUUCAACCCGAAAAAAUUCAACCGGAAGACUGCAAAUUGGAUGAAAUCGUAGUUUAUGACGAUUACAUAAGCACUAUGAUGGCUGGAACCUGGUAUCUUUAUUCGUCCAUAUCAUACGACAAUAUGACGUCACUUAAUGGCGUCAUUAUGGAGAAAACGUUGACCUCUGGCACUGAGGGCAUAGAUACGAGAAUUGUGGCAUUCUCCCCAGAUAUGGAAAAUUGUACAGAGUACCGGUCAAGGUCACGUGACAUGUGCAUCGAUACAGCCGAUCAUAUUGCUCUUGUGACAAAUGGUGACGGAAACUUUGUAUUUUCUAAAGUCCUCUAUCUAGACGAAGAACUUCUCGUCGAGUAUGUUUGUAAUUCCCGCACUUUGGAUGGAAAAUGCGAUAGAAAUGGUAUACAAUUUAAUGUAUUCUCGAAAAACGACACAACAGAUGAAGAUUUCAUAUUGACAGACGAACAGCAGGACAUGAUCAAUGUUCUUGCCAAACGUGUUUGUCUAGAUCCAAAUGAUAUACAACUCCAGUCAGUUUGGUGUAAUAUGACAGAUGCUACAAACACUGAAAAAAAUACGGACAUGUGUGACAUCGAUGCGAUUACAGUAUUCUCCGACGUCAAUGAAUAUUCUCAAGAAAUGAUAUAUGGCUACUGGUAUGAAAUAUCUAGAUCAUCUGCAUCAACAUACAAACCUCCAGUCAGAUCUGCCGUUGCCUACUUUACGUCGCCUAGCAACGAGACGCUGAAUAUUUACUAUACCGGAUUUACAUACGUAGAUUCAUAUGAAGGCUGUUCCGAGGUAUUGCAUGCAUCCAUGAUAGCUAGAUGCAGUAGUGAUAUUAAUGGAGACUCUUUGUACAGAUUCAACGAGGCAGAACAUUUUGUUUCCUACAUUCCUUAUAAAAUAAUCUAUACGGACUAUAAAAACGUGCUAGUGACGUACAUGUGCACUAAAAUGCUCGAGCACGGACAGUGUAGCAAGGGAGGCGAGGAGAUAGUCUUGUGGUCAAGAAACGAGACACUUGACGAGGAAUUUAAGCAGGAAACGUACGAGGUUGCUUUCUGGGUUUGCCUGCAGCCGGAAAUGGUUGAUAUUCCCAAUAAGAACUACUCCUGCAGAUCUAAUUUGGAGGAAUAUGUCACGGAGAAUCAGAUAGGCAUAUACGAAGACUAUGAUGUAAGUGAUGAUAGCGAUGAAGAUGACGAAGAUGAGGAUGGGGAUGGGGAUGAUGAUGAUGAUUACGACGAAGGUGAAAACAAUGCCGAACAGAAUGACCAAGGCAAAAAUAAAUAUGAGCUUAGUGAUAUAGAUGAGCUGCUUUUAAUGGAUGACGAUGAGUUUUACUACAAUUCUUGAUAGAUGAACUUUCUUACAUGGUUACUUCGGUCAAAGACAACAAGGUAGAAUAAUGGUACGGCAGUUUUGCGUGCAAAAUGAAACAAUGAAGAACAGUUGACCCUAAUACUGACUUCUGUAAAUAGUCAUUGUGCAUAAUUGUAUGAAUGUGGCAUGGGCAAGAAAAAAAACUUUUAAAAAUGUAUUUUUAUCGACACCUAUUGUACAAUUAUUCUGUAUAUAUAUUUUUGCACGUAAUUUCAGUGGCAACACAGUGUGUGUGUAGAUGUUAAUAUAUAUUACGGUCAUGUACUUCGUAUAACAGACAAAAUUUCAUCUUGAUUUUGACACAUGUAAAUUUCUUUUUUAUGUCAAUGAUUUAAAAUGAUUUUGUAUAUAUUGAGUAGAAGUGUGAACUGCACUAUUAUGGAAUGUGUGAUUGUGUUGAUAAUGUUUAUAGUUAAACGUGACAAAAGACAUGAACAAAUUAUAUAUGGGAGUUGUUGAUAUAUGAUCCGCUAUAACAUAUCUAUUUAUAGCAGAUAAUAGAAUCGGUCAAAAAUAACAAUUAUUGAUAUAUUUCUAUCGUUUGUAUCAAUAUUUGAAAUAUUUUUGAAAAGUGCUCCCAUUAUAGACCAAUCCACUUUUACCUAAGCUAUAUUGUUUGUAUGGAUGGACCACUAGUAUUGUUUGUAAUAUAUUUCUCAUAGAAAAGAAUGAAUGA